CAGCCGUCCUCCUCAUCCUCCUCUUCCUUAUCUUCCUCCGAGGAAGAUGAGCAGCCGCAGCAGCAGGCCCCCCAGCAGCAGCAGCAGCCGUCCUCCUCCUCCUCAUCUUCCUCGGAGGAAGAUGAGCAGCCACAGCAGCAGGCCCCCCAGCAGCAGCAGCAGCCGCAGCCGUCCUCCUCUUCCUCAUCUUCCUCCGAGGAAGAUGAGCAGCCGCAGCAGCAGGCUCCCCAGCAGCAGCAGCAGCCGCAGCCGUCCUCCUCUGAGGAGGAAGAUGAGCAGCCGCAGCAGCAGCCCCCAGAGCCCGCAACGCCCCAGCAGCUGGAGCAACCUUCUUCAGCCCGAAGGAGGUUGCCUUUUACGGCCAGGCCGCCGCAGCCGUCUUCCUCCUCCUCCUCAUCUUCCUCCUCGGAGGAUAAGCCCGCCCGGCCCCAGCAGUCGGCAAAGAGGCGGCUGCAGUCACCCGACGCCCCCAUUGCUGAGUCCCCCCCGGAAAAAGACGGCCAAAAUGAAGAACUUGGCCCCGAAGGAGGAAUCGGAGGAGGAUGAUGCAAAGCCCAAGCUGCCCAAGGUGGCCCGCAGGGUCCACAGGGCCAUGGCCCCCUACUUCACAGGAAAGAGUAGGGGGUCGAAGAUGCGGGGCAUCGUCCUCGGCGCCUCUCUGGACGCCUACGUCGAGGAGUACGGCCAAUUUAUCUUCUGCCCCGAAGACACGACUAAAAUGCAAGAAAAUGCAGUCUCCAAGAUCAGCCGGGCGAAGGUAUUUUUGAAAUACCUCACGCUCGGCUGGUCUCAGGUCACGUACUGGACCUGGGAGUUUUUAUUCAACAUCCCCCUCCUCAAGUGCUACCCUGCAGUCCUCCGGAAGACUGGCCUGGCCCCCACCACCAUCAUCCUAUAUGUGGGCCAGGCCAUCUCCUUUGUGGAGUUUUUUAGGGCCACGCCGCCGAAGCACUCCCGGAUCACCGGCGGGCAGUUGGUGGUGGUGAUCCGGGAGCUGCGGAAGCUUUCAAAAGACCUGAACCGCACGGUCCUUGGCCACCAGGCCCUGAUCAAGCAGGCCAAGGGCAAGAGGCUGGUGGCACGGGAGGACCUGGCCAGGUGUCAGGCGUUGGCCCGGGCCAAAAUCCCCUCUCUGCUCGAGGACAUCGAGAAGGCGGCCCCAAGGGACCCAGAUAUCAACAAAAGUUCCCAGAAUAAAGAGAACAAUUGUUACUCAUUUUAA